AUGCAGGGUAACUCCGUGUUGGCGUUAUCUGGACUGGCAGUAGCCGUAACAAGACACAUUAAAGGACUUGACAAGGAAGAUGUCCGGCAGACAGAAGAACUUGGUCAACAUGUCAGCCAUUCUCAUUGGUUGGUGAUCGUCAUGGAUACCAUUAUGUCUGUCAUGGAUGUGUCAUAUCAACCGAAAGGGGAAAUUUUCAAUAUGUGUCUUCAGGUUGAAGCUAAAGAAAGGAAACCGGCAACUCUUUUAGCAAAGACAUCAUCCUGUAUGGCUCUAACUCAGUUAGUCCCGGUCCUGAUGUCUACAGAUACUGACAGAAUCCACGCUAUUAUCGUACGAUUGGUGGACGGGUUAUCAGGGCAACCAGGUUGUCAAGAAUCACCAGUUGCUCAGUUUCACUAUGGUCUGGCCUGUGGAAUGCUGAUUGGGAGAUUGUUUGAAGAACAUUUCUCUGAAAUUUGUGGAACCAAGGUAGCUCAAGCUCAACCUCAACCUCAAACUCAAACUCAAACUCAUCCUCAAGCUCAACCUCCUCAUCCUCAAGCUCAACCUCAAGCUCAACCUCAAGCUCAAACUCAAACUCAAGCUCAAGCUCAAGCUCAACCUCAACCUCAACUUCAAACUCAAGCUCAAGCUCAAGCUCAAACUCAAACUCAAACUCAAGCUCAAGCUCAAACUCAUCCUCAAGCUCAACCUCAACCUCAAACUCAAGCUCAACCUCAACCUCAACCUCAAACUCAAACUCAAACUCAAACUCAAACUCAAGCACAAGCACAAGCUCAAGCUCAAGCUCAAGCUCAAACUUAA